GCCCGUGUUGCCAUUUGUACAGACUGCAGAGUAGCCAGCCAAGCACCUCUGAGCUCUGAGCAUUGGGGCUUGGGAUUUCUCGAAGCCAUAAAAGAGAGAGCCCCAAAAGGAAGCCUACCAGGUACCACCUCUCCGAGCAGCCGCAGUACUAGCACUAGCAGUCAGUCCAAGGGAAGGGCGCAGUGGGAAGAAGGGGGAAAGGAACCAGCGCAGCCCCCCAUGGCUUCCUCGCGCUCUCUCGCCCUCUUCCUGCUCUGCAUUCUGCUUCCCGCGCCUCCCAUCUCUGCCACAUUGCUGUUCGGCGGCGGGAAAUCGGCCGCGGCGGGCAAGGCGGGCGUGGACAUGGAGUGGCGGCCGGCCACCGCGACGUGGUACGGCAACGCCGAAGGCGACGGCAGCGACGGCGGCGCGUGCGGGUACGGGACGCUGGUGGACGUGGUGCCAAUGAAGGCGCGCGUCGGGUCGGUGAGCCCGGUGCUGUUCAAGGACGGCGAGGGCUGCGGCGCGUGCUACAAGGUGAAGUGCCUGGACCGCGGCGUCUGCUCGCGCCGCGCCGUCACGGUCAUCGUCACGGACGAGUGCCCCGGCGGGCUGUGCGCGUUCGGCCACACGCACUUCGACCUCAGCGGCGCCGCAUUCAGCAGGAUGGCCGUCGCCGGCGCCGGCGGCCACCUGCGCGACCGGGGCGAGAUCUCCGUGGUGUACAGAAGGACGGCCUGCAAGUACGGCGGGAAGAGCAUAGCGUUCCGUGUGAACGAGGGAUCGACCAACUUCUGGUUGUCGCUGCUCGUCGAGUUCGAGGACGGCGAAGGCGACAUUGGAUCCAUGCAGAUAAAGCAGGCGAACUCGGUGCAGUGGCUGGACAUGAAGCACGUGUGGGGGGCCACGUGGUGCCUGGUGCGGGGCCCGCUCGUCGGGCCCUUCUCCGUGAGGCUGGCGACGCUGUCCGCCCGGAAGACGCUCACGGCCCGCGACGUCAUCCCCAAGAACUGGACGCCCAAGGCCACCUACACCUCGCGCCUCAACUUCGAGGUGUCCCUCUGAUGGCACCGCGCCUGGAGGCCCGCGUUUUAUCGGCCCAGGAACUGCCAUGUGGGUCCGCAAAGGCUGGCCCACUUGGCAGGCAGGCAGGCAGGCAUCCUAUUGGAUGAAUCGGCAGAUUGUUUCUCAGUGUUUUUAGACAAUGAAAAGGUUGUUUUCUGUAUGCAGCUUGGUCUGAUCUCUGAUCAUUCGUGUGUAGUAGUAACUAGUAUGAUGGUGACUCGUGCAUUAGACGUGUGUGAUGUGAUGUGAGUAGUUUGGUUGUGAGUUGAGCCCGGGAGCUGGCCAAAGUGCAGGCAGCCGCCGUCUCCAAAGGAGAGAGAGAGCGUUUGCUACUUGCUUGGCUCAAGUCCUGGAGGCUGGGAAUCCGAUGUGGGAGCUGGUUGGACCGCGAGGGUUUUGGAUCCCUCGCGGCCUCUGCUUCACUCGUGUGCUGUGUGUGUUUGCGACGAUGUUCUCUGUUUUGUUUGACCUGGUUGAAAUGCAGGGUUCGUGACAAUGAGUCCUGUUUCUUGAGUGGCCCUGGGCUCAGACCUGCAAAUCUUACCGGCCCACAUGAGGAAUUUGCGUGGUACCGAGACCCUGCGCUUUCCAUGUGAAUGCCAGAAUGUUGGCAUAUCCGUCGCUUGUUGUCGUCUCAGUCAAAGACAGUUUCAACGGAUGUGAUUGCUUGUUCAGGAUCGUAUUCAAAGAGUAGAUGCAUGAAGCUGAAAAGGAGGUGAGGCACAGGCACUGCUGCUAGUGGUGCUGCGCAACUGGCCUGGUCGCACGAACUCAGUACGGCUGUUAAAAUAUGUCCCUCGUGGCAGAAACGGUAAACUAAUUCGGUCCAUAAGGCCCGUGACUCGUACAAUUUUGCUUUCUUCCGAGGCCUCACAUGGCCCAAAUGUUGAGCCGACAUCAACACAUGUGCUCAGGCCCAAAUCAGCCAUGACCCAUGGUCAUCGCUGCCAAUGACAGGUUGACCCCAC